CACAACCCACAGAACAUCCUCAACCCAUCUCGCUCAUUUUUGGGAUUCGAUAUUCGAUAAUACAUUUUAUAUACACAACCAUGGAGUGGUAACGGUAAAUUUGUCCAAAGAUGGAUGGUGAUUGGGAGGAAGUAAGUCCUACUUUUUUUUAUCAUAACAAAACGCCUUCCAAACCUCAAUCUCGCUAUAGCUUUCCAUGCUGGCUUUCAGCCUUGCCAUCGACCGCAUUAAAAUUCCACAGGAAUGAACUGGCUACGAUGGCCGAUGUUGCUUCACAUCAUGCUAAAAUUUUUAAGGUCAGUAGAUUCCAGCUGCCGCCUUCGGGUGUGCAUCCGGAUCUUACGCAAGCUCCCGCGAGAGCAUUCGAUUCUUCUCAAGAAUUGUUUUGGACGGGAGACGAACUGGGACGCGUCAGGAGCUGGUAUGGCGCCGAGGGAAUAAGAUAUACAUCCUACAAGGCUGGCCAAGAUCCAAUUCGUCAAUUCCUCUUUCAUGAUAAGGGGGUUAUAUCUGUAGGCGGAAGAAGCGUUCACAUGGCAUCAAGGAGGGGUCUAUACAUAUGGCAUAUCACGUACAAUCACUCCCAGGAAUCUGUGCAAAGCAGGGCUGAUCUCGCGGAUAUAGUCACGAAGACAUGAAAGACUUACGAUGUAUGAGUUACACUUCGAGAGGGACAUCAGAAAUACUUGUCGCAGGGCUCCAGGAUCAAAUGUUUGUUAUCGAUGUGGACAAGGGGAUUAUUACGAAACAGGUACAGUACUCCGCGAGUUCGCAGAAUAAUUUCUAAACCUUCAGGUACCCACGAGCGAGCACUUUAAGAUCAUGAAGAGAAGCCGGUAUAUUUGUGCGGCCACAGCGCAUGGAUCCGUCAGCAUACUAGAUUCUUUUAACUUUACUGUGGUCAAGACUUGGCAAGCUCACACAGCCCUCAUCAACGAUAUGGAUGCGCAAAGCGAGUAUCUACUUACUUGUGGCUAUUCAUUACCACAGCAAGGAUCAUACAGGCUUGAUACUUUUGUCAUGGUUCUUGACCUCAAGACAUUGACCACCCUACCUCCAAUUCCCUUUCCUCCCGGAGCAGCUUUUGUUAGAAUGCACCCGCGAAUGCUGACGACCACAUAUAUCGUUUCGCAACAGGGUCAAAUUCAUAUAGUUGACUUGAUCAAUCCGAAUUCAAGUAAUGUGAGGCAAGCAAAUGUUUUGACCACACUAAGAUCUUUAGAGAUCGCUUCUUCAGGGGACGCUAUUGCCUUGUCGGAUAUGGAAAAUAGCGUACACAUAUGGGGCUCACCGGCCAGAUUUCGAUUUUCCGAGUUCAGUAAUCCUAUCGAGGUUGCUGAUUCGGAUGAGAAACCUGUUCGUACAGACUGGUCCGAUGAUACGUGAGUAUGAAAUGUAAUCUCUUUAUGGUCUAGCUAAUAAGACUUCGGACAGUCCAUUAAAUACAGUUGGUAUGCCCUAUUAUCGAGAAAAUCUUUUAUCUGCUUGGCCGAGUCAUAUGAUUUUCGAAGUUGGUGCACCGUCUGUAAAGCUCGACUCGAAUUGGAUUUCAAAUCCAAAAGUUGCAGAUUGGUAUAUAUAUGGCCGCAACGCAAGGAAGGAUGUUAGAAGGAACCAGAUAGAGAAUACGAGAACGAUCGAAAAGGCGCAAGCGAGCAUACCAGCGCCCAAGUUUUUGAGUGAAAAGGCUAGAGAAGCCGUGAAUGAUGCGACGCCCGAACGUGGUAUGAACGAUAUCGCCGAUAGCAUAGGGAAUAAAGAGCUCCCUACUUUGCAAGCCGGUACUAAUGCUUUGUAUAUGAAUGUCGAGAUUAAGUAUAGUAAAUUUGGAGUUGAUGAUUUUGAUUUUGGGUAGGUUCGAGUCUUUCCAGCUCUUUUUAAGGAAUCUGCUAACAUUAGGCAGAUUUUAUAAUAAGACUCCAUACUCUGGGCUCGAGACUCAUAUUUCCAAUUCAUAUGCAAAUGCGUUGUUGCAGGUGAUGAGAUUCACGACCCUCAUCAGAAAUUUGGCAUUAAAACACACGGCGACAAGUUGUGUUAAUGAUAUGUGUUUGUUAUGUGAGAUGGGAUUCUUGUUUGAUAUGCUUGAGAAAGCAGCGGGGACCGUGUGUCAAGCAACAAACUUGCUGAAGACUUUCAGCCAUCAUCCAGAAGGUGAGUGAUCUCGUGGAGAAUGAUAUUUACACUUCUGACAUGUGAUAAGCUAAGCACUUGGGCUUAUUGGAGGAAGAUUCACGUGGAAUUCCACUAUCAAAUAUGCUUCAGUCAAUGAAUCGUUUUUUCCUCGAUAGAAUUCCAAAUGAAUUUAAAAGCGUCUUUGGUGGUUCAAAUAUGCUUGAACGUGUUAGUAUCCGACUUAUAAUGUUGCCAUUAAGACUUUUGCUAACAGUUCAGGUUUUUUCUACGCCUGCUACAAUGAUUAUAAAAUGUGUUUUUUGCAAGAGCGAGCACACACGACCAGGAGCAACGUCGUCUGUCGAUCUAACUUACCCGCAAACACCAGCUGCUGUAAGUAAAUUAUUGCAUUAUUUGAAUUAUACUAAGUAUAUCAGAAACUAUAUGGUCGAAAUGGCAAAACACCACCGAUGCCGAAAAGAUCAUUUUGCGAAAUUUUGAAAGCGAGUGUUGAGCGAGAAACGACAAACCGCGGUUGGUGUAUGAAUUGUAAAAAAUAUCAAUCAUUACAAACGAAAAAGACCAUCCAUACCUCACCACCAAUUCUUAUGCUCAAUGCAUGUAUCUCUACUCCUGAAUCAAAACAUUUUUGGGAAACACCUGGUUGUUUACCAGAAGAGAUAGGAAUUAUUAUUAGCCAAGGACAAAUAUUCUGUUAUCAAGGCGAGGAUUUAAGACUUCAUAUUCAACGUGGUGCUCAUAACAUUACUGUUUAUUCUUUAGUAGGUUUCGCUGCAGAUAUUGAUAUUGGGCAACAUGAGAAACCUCAUUUGGUAUCUUUAAUAAAUGGUGAAACUCAUCUCGUGUUUUCUUUUUUGACAUGUACUGAUGUAUCAUAGUUGCUCAUUCUGCGCCAAAUCCACCAUCAGAAAGUCAAUGGUUUCUAUUUAAUGAUUUCCUAGUAACUCCGAUGCCAAAAGAAGAUGCUCUAUCUUUUAACUCUAGUUGGAAACUUCCAUCCGUUAUCACUUAUCAGAUGAAAGAUCAAAAUAAUCGGGUUGACAAUUCUUGGAAGCAAAGUUUAGAUACUUCUAUAUUAUAUGCUGAUGAGAAGUUUGUUCCUCCUUUUUUCAAGAACCUUUAUAGUUACUAACCGUGUCUAUAGUACUCGUGUCAUUGAUAAAACCCAUAGGCCUCUCUCCCCCAAUCAUGAAACGCCGACUGAGGGAACUCUCAUAGCCAUUGACACUGAAUUCGUCUCUAUUCGUCAACCCGAAAUCGAAGUAAACUCCGAAGGCGAACGACAAACUAUUCGACCCAUCGCACAUGCUCUGGCCCGUGUCUCUGUUGUCCGAGGCUUUGGCGAAGACGAAGGGUUUCCAUUUAUUGAUGAUUAUAUCAAUUGUAAAGAUCCCAUUGUCGACUACUUGACAUCUUAUUCGGGUAUUAGCCCAGGUGAUCUUGAUCCACGUCAAUCAAAACAUAAUCUUGUUUCUCUUAAAACUGCUUACAAGAAACUCUGGAUUUUAUUAAACCUUGGAUGUAAAUUUGUGGGGCACGGGCUCAAGACAGAUUUUAGAGUCAUCAAUAUACAGAUACCGAAAUCGCAUGUUAUUGAUACAGCUGAUCUUUUUUUCAUCCCAGCUAAACAAAGAAAACUAGGAUUAGCGUUUCUAGCAUGGUAUCUUUUCAGAGAAGAUAUUCAAGUCGAAACGCAUGAUAGUAUUGAAGAUGCGAAAACAGCGCUGAGGUUGUGGAGGAAGUGGGAAGAAUGGACUACAGCAGAGAAACUUGGAGGAGCACUGGUGGAAGAUUUAUUGAUGGAAGUCUAUAAGCAAGGGCAGGCAUGCAAUUUUAGACCGCCAGGUUUUAAUGCUAGGAAGGAAAGGGAGAGGGAAAGAGAAAGGGAAAGAGAGGGGAGGGAUAUUAGUAGGGCUAAUACGCCGCCUGGGAAUGAGGAUGGUGGUGUAAGUUUAAAGGGACCGAGUACUCCUAUUCGUAAACCAUUGGGAGCACUACCGUUUGGCUCAGGAGGUAGUGGGAGUGCUAAUGGUAGUGGACUUUCAAGCUUUAAUGGAGGGGGAAGUGGGUGGACCCCUGGAAAAGGAAGUCCGUUACGAUGAUGAGGUGAGAGGAACCUAUUGUAGGUCAAGUGAUUUGGAUUGAAUACCAUGGAGAGAGAGUAAAAGAAGGAUGCGAGAGUGAACAUAAAGUCAUUGUAGUAAAUUGAUAGGAAAAUUGAAUGAAAAAAAUUUGAAUGAACUAAGA